UAGUCAUUAUGGCUCCUUUAAUCCCACAUCCUGUCUGUGUUUGUGUCCUCACGGCUUUAACGCGCCCUUUCUCGUAGUUUUAUGAGUUUAUCGGCCGUUUUUUCACUCGGAAACUCUUCUUUUUACGCUUUUCUGACGCUCCGAGGAGUUCCGCGCGUCCUUAACCUCUCCACCGUUUAAAAUCCCUCCUCUGUCCGCUUCACCUGGACCGCUAAUCUCCACGGUCAAUCCCCCGUGUGGUCAUCCAUUAUCGUCGUGACUGCUGAUUGUUUCCUGGCAGAUUGGAAAGCUCCGGGGAAACGGCUCCUAUGAGUGCGCCUCCGCUGAUCCGUGCGCCCAGCCCGCUCCCGUUCUCAGGGGGGACAAACAGCACCAACACCGGCACCGGGGGAGGAGGAGAGGGGGGAGGAGGAGGUGGAGGUGGCGGUAAUGGAGGGGGAGGAGGUGGUAAUGGUGUGAUCUCCUUCCAAAUCCAGAUCGGUCUGAGCCGGGAGCCGGUGCUGUUGGACGCCGCAGAGCUCAGCCUCAGUCAGGUCCGGGAGGUGGCGUGCUCCAUCGUGGACCAAAAGAUCCCAGAGUGUGUGUUCUACGGCAUGUAUGAGAAGAUCCUACUGUUUCGUCAUGACCAGACGUCGGAGAACGUGCUGCAGCUGCUCCGCUCGGCCUCUCAGAUCCAGGAGGGAGACCUGGUGGAGGCUGUGCUGUCAGCUUCAGCCACCGUGGAGGACUUUCAGAUCCGUCCACACUGUCUGUUUGUUCACUCGUACCGAGCGCCGGCCUUCUGCGACCACUGUGGCGAGAUGCUGUGGGGACUCGUGCGACAGGGACUCAAGUGUGAAGGCUGUGGUCUGAAUUAUCACAAGCGCUGUGCCUUUAAGAUCCCAAAUAACUGCAGCGGGGUGAGGAGGCGUCGCUCGUCCAACGUGUCCCUGACGGGGGGGCUCGUAAACAUGUGUCGCCCCCUCUCUGCUGAGCCCUCGCCGCCACACUACACUGACGAUGCUUUACUGUCUCCGGUCAGUCCAAGUAUGGAGCAGAAAAACCAGUUGGAGUACUUCCCGGGGAGAGAGCGGCGCUCCAGCUCUCAGUCGUACGUCGGUCGUCCCAUCAAACUCGACAAGAUCCUACUGUCCAAGGUCAAAGUCCCGCACACGUUCCUGAUCCACUCGUACACCCGACCCACCGUCUGCCAGCACUGCAAGAAGCUGCUCAAAGGCCUCUUCAGACAGGGCCUGCAGUGCAAAGAUUGUAAAUUUAACUGUCACAAACGAUGUUCUCCAAAAGUGCCAAACAACUGUCUGGGAGAAGUUUCCAAAAAUGGAGAGCUCCUGAGCCCAGGGGCGGAGUCAGACGUCAUCAUGGUGGAGGGUUGCCUUGACGACAAUGACAUGGACAGAGGUGGCCUGCUGGACGACAUGGACGAAGCUCUGACAUCAGAGGGGGGUCUCAUGCUGGAUGCAGGGCCUAGCGACCUCUGCGACAUGCAUGACCCCGACCUGGACGAGUCCAACCGAGCCAUCAGCCCGUCCACCAGUAAUAACAUCCCUCUGAUGCGAGUCGUUCAGUCUGUUAAACACACAAAGAGGAAGAGCAGCAACGUGAUGAAGGAGGGUUGGAUGGUUCAUUACACCAGCAAGGACACUCUGAGGAAGAGACAUUACUGGAGGCUGGACAGUAAAUGCAUCACGCUAUUUCACAAUGAAACAGGAAGUAAAUACUAUAAGGAGAUCCCUCUGUCUGAGAUCUUGUCUCUGGAAGCCGCUCAGACUCUUUCUCUGCUUCCUGAGGGGGCCAAUCCUCACUGCUUCGAGAUCGCCACGGCGUCGCUGGUUUACUACGUCGGAGAGAAUCUGCAGAGAGCCGAAUCAUCUGUGAGCGGCAGCAACAUUCUGGUGAGCGGGGUGGGGCAGGAUGUGUCUCGGAUGUGGGAAAUGGCUAUCCAGCACGCUCUGAUGCCAGCGGUCUCUACGGGAAUUUCCCACAAUCCCCACCGCGGAGGACACAAGGAAGUUUCCAUCAGUAUUUCUGUCUCCAACUGCCAGAUACAGGAGAAUGUGGAUAUCAACUCUGUGUAUCAGAUUUUCCCCGAUGAGGUUCUCGGCUCGGGGCAGUUUGGCAUCGUCUACGGAGGUAAACACAGGAAGUCUGGCAGAGACGUCGCCAUCAAGAUCAUCGACAAACUCCGCUUCCCAACCAAACAGGAGAGUCAGCUUCGUAACGAGGUGGCCAUCCUGCAGAGUUUGCACCACCCGGGGGUGGUUAACCUGGACUGCAUGUUUGAGACGCCGGAGCGAGUGUUUGUGGUCAUGGAGAAGCUCCACGGAGACAUGCUGGAGAUGAUCCUGUCCAGUGAGAAGGGACGACUGCCCGAGAGGAUCACCAAGUUCCUGGUCACACAGAUCCUGGUGGCUCUGCGUCAUCUUCACUUUAAAAACAUCGUCCACUGUGACCUGAAACCGGAAAACGUCCUGCUGGCGUCUGCAGACUCGUUUCCACAGGUGAAACUGUGCGACUUUGGUUUCGCUCGGAUCAUCGGUGAGAAGUCGUUCAGGCGUUCGGUGGUCGGCACGCCGGCCUAUCUCGCUCCCGAAGUCCUGAGGAACAAAGGCUACAACCGCUCGCUGGACAUGUGGUCGGUCGGGGUCAUCAUCUACGUCAGUCUCAGCGGGACAUUUCCUUUCAAUGAAGACGAAGACAUCAACGAUCAGAUCCAGAACGCUGCCUUCAUGUACCCUCCUCAUCCCUGGAAGAAAGUCUCCAAUGAAGCGAUUGACCUGAUGAAUAACCUGCUGCAGGUGAAGAUGAGGAAGAGAUACAGCGUGGACAAAACCCUCAGUCACCCGUGGUUACAGGACUACCAGAUGUGGUUGGACCUGAGGAACCUGGAGACCCGGAUGAACGAGCGCUACAUCACCCACGAGAGUGACGACCUGCGCUGGCACCACCACGCCCAGCUCAGCGGGCUCGACUACCCCCCGGUGGUGGGCAACGGUCCCCGUGGCGACGGCCUACAGGGGCUGGAGCGUUACCAGGAGCAGGAUGAGGAGCUUGAGACCCUGAGUGAGAGGGUCAGUGAACUCUGAGGACCAGGUCACGUAUACACAGACCGGAAACAAGAUUGGUGACAAAAUGAGUGAACGCACAACUUUAUCAGAAAUGAGGAGACUUUUUAAACAUCAGUCGCUCCAAAACUAUGAGAGCUAUUUUCCUAAACAGGGUAAUUUUUGAUGGAGAUAGGCACCAUGUCCACAUAACUAUUAUUCUAGUCAGAAAAGCGCUGGCUGUGCACUUGCAUUGAGCGUUUGUGUGUAGAAUAAAAGCGCUGCAUGUCCAUCCUGUCUCUAUGACAACAGUCUGUUGAAAACGAUCGCUGUAUGACCGACACUGC